UGCUCUAACAAAGUGUUUUAUGUCUUCUCAGGUUCUGUUUUCUGUGUCAGCCUGGAUCCAAAGGACAGCAGCCUUGCAGUGACUGGUGGAGAAGAUGACAAAGCCUAUGUCUGGAGAAUAAGCGACGGAGAGACCCUUUUCGAAUGCACUGGUCACAAGGACUCCGUCACAUGUGCAACUUUCAGCCAUGAUUCCGCCAUGGUUGCAACUGGAGACAUGAGUGGGCUCAUCAAGGUGUGGAAGGUGGAGGGCGGCCAGGAAAUCUGGUCAUUUGAAGUCGGAGACUUAGAGUGGUUGCAGUGGCACCCCUGCGCCCAUGUACUGCUAGCGGGCACUGCAGAUGGCAACACCUGGAUGUGGAAGGUACCAAGUGGCGAGUGUAAAACUUUCCAAGGUCCCAGCUGUCCUGCCACCUGCGGGCAAUUCCUUCCUGGCGGUAAGAAAGCCGUGGUGGGUUAUGAAGAUGGAAGUGUGCGGAUAUGGGAUUUAAAACAAGGAAAUGCGAUACAUGUCAUGAAAGGCGCAGAUGGUCAUACUCGUCCUCUGACAUGCGUGUCUUCUAAUGUCGAUGGAAGUCUCGUGCUCACAGGCUCUGUGGAUUGUGAUACGAAGAUGGUGAACACGGCCACUGGAAAGGUGGUUGGUUUAUUCAAGACAGAAAGCAAUGUAUCCAAAGCCUCAAGACGGGAAGAUGGAGAGUCUGAGUCCAAUUCUGUGGAGUCUCUGGGCUUCUGCAAUGUGUUGCCCCUGGCAGCAGUCGGGUACCUGGAUGGCACUCUGGCAAUUUACGAUAUUUCAGCACAGGCCUUGAGACACCGGUGUCAGCAUGAGUCCGGUAUUGUACAGCUCCUCUGGGAAGACAACUCUCCGGUGGUGUACACAUGCAGCCUGGACGGGGCCGUCAGACUCUGGGAUUCCCGCUCAGGAAAAAUGAUCAGCGAAUACUGCGGGCACACGGAGGAAAUUCUUGACUUUGCUCUUAACAAGGAUGCUUCCAUCGUAGUGACCGCAUCUGGAGAUCACAAAGCAAAAGUGUUCUGCGUGCAGAGACCCGACCGCUAA